AACGAAGAUGGCAGGUGAGCGAGUGGCAUGGUUUGAGGUCCGUGCCGCCGGGCAGGACUCGUAUGAAAUACCUGAUACCAUUGAUAUACGCGGGAAUGAGCAGUUCCACCUCGGGAGGGAUCCAGAGCUUUGCUACCGCUAUUACUGGUCUGACAUUACUAUCUCCAGACGGCAUCUCCGUGUUCAUUGUAUCUUGUACGAGCAAGAUCCUAUCGCUGAUAUUGCACCCUUCGUCUAUGCAACUGAUUUGUCGGUCAAUGGUACUCACUUGAAGAAGCAUGAUUCCGAUCAUAUCGGCUCACCAGGAAUGGGUAUUCUCAUGGGCCGCAACAGCACCUUCCUUCUCGAUCAUGGAGAUGAACUUCGCCUGUCAGAAUCAGUGACGCUCGUUUAUUAUUCGGAUAACCCUGUUCAGGUAACUCGACUGACCCGUAUUCAAGAGCAAGAGAAGAGCCUCUUUGCCUCUCGUUAUCUCAUCACUGGCCGUUUACUUGGAGAAGGUGGUUAUGGAAAGGUAUUAAUCGGAGUGCAACAAGAGACCCAACGGCAACUUGCUUGCAAGAUGGUACGACUCGAUCAUCUUUUCAGUCGCCUGUCUGGUGCGAGCUUGCGACAGCCCAGUGGUGAGAGAGGACGGGAAGCAAGUGACACCUGGAAGCGUUGGCCAACCAGGAUUGCCAACAACUUCCGCGAGUUUGACAUCCUCAAGGAUAUCAGCCAUCCAAACAUAGCGACGGUCCAAAAGGUCUUCUGGAGUCAGCAUACGAUUUAUAUGUUCCAAGAACUUGUCACUGGUGGUGAUCUCUUCUCCUUCAUCGAAUACAAAGGUGGUCGAAUCAACAGCGUCUGUGCCUCAGUCAUCAUUCGGCAGAUACUUAUCGGUGUCGAGUAUCUACACGCCCAGGAUAUCGUGCACAGAGACCUCAAGCCUGACAACAUAUUGAUGACCUCUCUCGACGAUGGUGCGCGGGUUGUGAUCACCGAUUUUGGCAGCGCGAGGUUUCUGCCCAAUGCAAAGAAAUCGCGCGACGUCCAAGCAACCAAGUUGCAGCGGAUGUUCUCAGUGGCCGGUACCCUGGAAUUUGCGGCGCCAGAGAUUCACCGAGCGAACCCAACUAUCCCAGCCGAGCAAGGGUAUUCCAAAGGUGUUGACAUGUGGUCCGUGGGUACUAUCACGGCAGCCAUACUCUCUGGCGAAAACAUCUUCAGCAGCAAUGCUCGUGCUGAAUACAGGUCAGUUUCUCGUAACGCCAUCAUGGAUCACGCUGCACGGUGCGAUCUCAGUGUUCUGGAUAGUGAGUAUCAUCCCACAUGGAGUUCGAUCAAGAACGACCCAAAAGACUUCAUCAAACGUUUGCUGGUUCUUGAAGAGGAGCAGCGCAUGACCGCAUCACAGGCCCUGGCUCAUCCCUGGUUCUGUCGUGCAGUCUAUGCCGCAGAUUUUGAGGCUUUAUAUGAGCGUUGUAUCAAAGACUGGCACCCACGCCACAAGGACCAUCAGCUUGUUGAAGCCAUCUCGACAACCGGUAUUCCUGAUCACAAGUUGCAACAGGAAUCGGUGUCUCGAUUCUUUUCUCAAUCUCAGCCAGAUCCCACACAUGACAUUCUUCGGAGUCUAUCGUCUUCUCAAUGCUGGCGUGCAAACACACCCCUGCCAUCCAUCAGGAAAGACUAUGAGGACACUCAAUUCGCAAGCCAAGUGAUCCCUUCAUCGUACGAGACCAGCCACGACGAGGUUUACGACGAGAACCAACAACAGUACGAUCUAGUCAAUCAAGAUUCAUACGAGCAACAGACAUACAACGCGAGUGGCGCGGUUCCAUGCGAGCAGCAACUUUACAAUUCAUUCCUCACUGAUCACGAACAGCUUCCUGACUCCAGCGGGCAGCAGAUUCCAGUGGAGUGUCCCACAACCCAGCUCUCAUUUAACACCACCGAAGCGCCCGAUAAGUAUUCCAUUACACAAGCUUCUGAGCACGACGAAUCCUACCGGUCGGGCGAAAGCUUGAACAGGGCGAUGAAUGAGACCUUCACGCAAGGCGACUACUAUGUGCACCUACCCCCACCACCAGAAUCUCAAGCAUCGCAAUUUCCGGCUCAGGUGCCAGAGUUUUCUUACGGGGUCAAAGAGGGGCGUGAAGAAUGUGAUGUCGACCAGGGCCAACUGACAGACGAGAGCUAUCAACAAACCCAGUUCGCAGAGGAGUUUCGACGGGCACGCACUCCUGUUGUGGAACAAGAUUCUAUCCUGGUCUGUGAGACACCGAUUCGUAACAGCAAGAAACAGGCCCGGUCCCUACAGGAUGAGAAUCUUGGCUAUGACCAGUGGUUCGACCAAGAGUCUGAAGUCAGACAGGCUGAUGUAGAGUCUGGUGUGCAGGAGUGUGGAAAGCGGAGGAGGCUUACCCAUUACCAUCGUUGAUCUACGACUAAUUCGCAGCGCUAAUCAUGUUGUUCAAAUAUCCCGUGGUGCAUAUGUUAGAUAUAUGAGGAUCUCAUGUGAAGCUGAGUGCCCUGGAGUGCCUCUAUGUUAGCAUUAUGUAGCUACAUACUACCCAAAUAUAUCCAGGCGAACCAAACAAACGCGUACCAC